GACACCAAGAUAGCGUCUCUGGAGCGUAACAUCAGGGACCUGGAGGAUGAGAUCCAGAUACUGAAGGCUAACGGCUUGCUGAACACCGAGGACAGAGAGGAGGAGAUCAAACAGAUGGAGGUCUACAAGAACCACUCCAAGUUUAUGAAGACCAAGGUACACACAAAUAUACAGGAAAAAACACCACAUGCACUUACUGUAGUUCUGUAUGAUGUGCCAAACACAAUCACUCACAAUCUCGAUUUUGCUGUGCAGGUUCAAAGUGAACAGAACAGAACAGAGCUGACUGUCUGGCUGACAGUAAAUAAGCUAGCUUUAGUAUUAAAUGAACUGAUUUCAUCAGGGGAGUGCUUCGCUGGCAGCUAUCUGACUGGGAGAUGCUUACUUGUUGAUUUGUUACUGACUGUACACUUAGCAGAGGAAGACAAUAAAGAACACAUUUACAUCAUUUAGCAGACGCUCUUAUCCAGAGCGACUUACAACACCAUUCCUAUGUUAUUAAAUUCUCUAUUUUAUGAUCACCUCCGAAGCCUUGUCAAUAUGUUUGUAUCCAUCUAGCAUGACCGAUAGUAGAGCAUUACCGUUGGAACCCACUGUAACAAACUCUGGUUACGUUUAAUUUCCUCAUCAACGCUUAUCUUAUCACAUCUUAUCCAGUUGGUCCAGCUUUGAUUUGCUCAGUCAUAUUAAACAGUCUGUCAUCAGCUGUCUCACAGUCAGGUUAAGUUCCCAGCCUCCCUCUAAGCCUUCCUGUCUGUAUGUCUGCCUCCAUGCCACCUUGUCUGUCUGUCCGUCUGUCCGUCCCUCCGUCCGUCCGCCAGCCCGCCUAUCUGUCUGUCCCCCCGUCCGUCUGUCUGUCCGUCCGUCCCUCCAUCCGCCAGCCUGCUUGUCUGUCUGUCUGUCUUUCGAGCCCUCUAUCUGUCUGUCUGUGGCGUCUGACCAUGUCAAGGGGCAUGUCGUCCCCAGGGUGGUGGCUAGCCUCUAGCCUAUCUGUAGAAUUGUGUCUGUGUGACACAUCCAACUCCACACGCACAUUACCCAUGUGAGGCUGAAACCAGCAGGGGGUUUGUUGUUGUAUUUUUAGACCAUUAUUCAUCAAUCAUAGAUAGGGCUGAUGUAUAACACAUGAAUAAUGCAGGGGAGUCAGUCCAAAAUGCAUCUUUAAUGAGAGGAGAGCCUCGCUGGAAUGAACACAGUGGAUAAACUGUCCCUCUGUUUCGAUGAGAGGAUGUUCUGUCCAAUGUCCACUGCACAAAACACACCGAGUACAGUCAUACUCAGACACCUAAUAGACACGCACGCACACACACACACACACACACACACACACACACACACACACACACACACACACACACACACACACACAUAUACACACACACACCUGCCAUAAUCAUACUAGUUAGCUGGCAACUUCAUACAAGAGCUAGUUGUGAUACUCCCUGUUCUGUGUGUGUCUCCCCUCCACAGAUCGACCAGCUGAAGCAGGAGCUGUCUAAGAAAGAGUCAGAGCUGCUGGCCCUGCAGACCAAACUGGAGACCCUGAACAACCAGAACUCAGACUGCAAACAGCAUAUAGAGGUUCUCAAAGAGUCUCUCACUGCCAAGGAGCAGCGCGCUGCCAUCCUGCAGACAGAGGUAGCUACACCGCACACAAACAUGCAUGCCUGCACAUAUGCACACACAUGAACACACAUAUGCAGACAAGCACACACGCACACAUGCAUACACACACACACGCACGCACGCCUACAUACACCCUUGGAUGAUGAAAAAAUAUAUACAUUUAAAUUAUGCAGAAUCUUGUUGGGUUCAUUAAUAAAAUGUUUUUUCCCCUGCAUGUAUUUUGGUCCUUGUCCUGUUUUGGUCCACAUCUAAGGGCACAUUAUAUCACCCUCUCCUUGUCCUCUGCAUCACACACCCCUCUUGCCCUCUACCCUUUAGUGGGGCAUGAACAUUGUAUUGUAAAUGCCAAGUAUUUCAGUGAGGACUCCUUCUUCAAUUCGACAAUGAUAAUAAUAAUACCUUUGAACUUUGAACUUUGCCCUUCAUGGUUUAGGCCGGGCUUACUGUGAAAGCACUUUGUGACAACUUUACUUAAACCCUUUUGCUCUUUGGGGAGCAUUCACAAACUUCCUCCAGUGGGCUGGGUGUUGGGGUGGUUUUCACUUUGUGACCACUGCUAAUGUAAAAAGGGCUUUAUGAAAUCCAUUUGAUUGAAUUUGACCUCUGAACUGUGACAUUGUACCUUUGACCUGUGACCUCUCCCCUCCCAGGUGGAUGCCUUGCGCCUGCGUUUGGAGGAGAAGGAGUCCUUCCUGAACAAGAAGAGCAAGCAGCUGCAGGACCUGACGGAGGAGAAGGGUACGCUGGCCGGAGAGAUCCGAGACAUGAAGGACAUGCUGGAGGUCAAGGAGAGGAAGAUCAACGUCCUGCAGAAGAAGGUUAGGGGCAGGGGGCAGCGGUCAAGG